UCUUAGGGCUUCCUUGUUUUCGUGCCCAGAACUGCAACAACGUUUGAUCUCUUGUCUGAAAUUCUGAGUCAUCCAAUUCGCAUUUCUACGGUUUACUUCUGAUAUUCUUUUGUAGGUAGCUUACACUGAAUAUAUAUAUAUAUGGAUGGAAACUAUGACCACCAACCCCUGCCUCCUGGAGUUCAGCCUUACCCGAAUCAACCGCAGCCUGUUCAAGGCUAUUGGAGACCACAACAACCUUCCCACAUGCCUAUGAACCACUUGUUUCCUCUUCCGCCUCCCCAUAUGCUACCUACUCCUCCCACUGAAGGCUUUUAUCCAAAUGUUCGACCUUUGGCUCAAUUUGAUAAUCAUCAACCCACCACCCACAUACCGUAUGGUAACUCAAAUGGAAGUCAAAAUGUCAUUCAACAUAAUUUUCCCAUGUCUCAGCCCUUAAAUGUGAGUCCCCAUCCUGCCGCUUUGCAACCUGAUGGUAAACAACAUGAUUGUGGGUCUAACGAUGACGAGCAACUAAAAGUGAACUCUGGGGUUUCUUCAGAUCAUGGGAGCAAAUCUUGGGAAUCUUGUGGUAUUGAAACAGCUGCCCAAGAUGCUGUGUUGCGUGAACAAGAAAUUGUCACCCAGAAGGUUAUACAAACUCAGAGACUAGCAAGAGAUGCAAGUGGACCUCCUGGUGAUAGCAAAGAUAUGUUUUCACGUCUUGACCCAAAUGCUUUGAAGGAACAUCUCUUGAAAAUGACAUCGGAUCAUCGUGCAGAGAUGACAUCUAAACAUAACAAAUCUUCUACAAUUGAUGAAGGUAAUUUUGACUUCGGAAAUGGAUAUGGUGUACCUGGUGGAGGAGCUUAUUAUAAUGCUGCAAGACCUCUGUCUGUUGGACAAGGUAAGUCUGAAACUGAUGGUGAGAAAAAUAACCAUAGAGUUUCUAUAGUUAAUGGAGAAUCAGAUAUGAAAGGUGUAUCAGGAGAUUUGCCUGAUUACCUGAAACAAAAGUUGAAAGCACGUGGAAUACUAAAAGAAGGGCCUGCCAAAGAGGAUUCCGCUUCUAACGAUUAUAAGUUGGAGAGCUCAUCAAUCCAGUCACCAGUGAAGUUGCUUCAUGGAUGGGUUGAGACUUUUGACCCUGCUACUGGUGCUCCAUAUUACUAUCAUGAAAGCACAGGGAAGAGUCAGUGGGAAAGACCUUCUGAGACUGCAAAAAUCACAGUUGCUCCAUCUUCAUCUUUUCCUCAAGAAUGGCAAGAGGCUUUGGAUGAAACAACAGGUCAAAAGUAUUACUAUAAUACUAGGACCCAGUUGUCACAAUGGGAGCAUCCUAAUUCUAAACAGCAGUCUUAUACGCAGCAUACCGAAACAGUGAAUUUGAGGCAUGCAGCUGAUAACCGCUACUUGAGUUUUGAUCACAAAUGCUUAGGAUGUGGUGGUUGGGGAGUUGGCCUAGUACAGUUAUGGGGUUACUGCAAUCAUUGUACGAGAGUUCUCAAUCUUCCGCAAAACAAGGACGUAUCAGUUGGAGAAGCUCCUGAGAAAAGGCUUCCCAAGCAGAGGUCGAACAUGAAACCUCCAGUUGGGAAAGGCAACAAAAAGGAUCCCAAAAGACGUACCUAUGAUGACGAUGAGGAUUUGGAUCCAAUGGAUCCUAGUGCUUACUCGGAUGCUCCACGGGGUGGAUGGGUUGUUGGGUUGAAAGGAGUACAGCCACGCGCAGCAGAUACAACUGCCACGGGUCCUCUAUUCCAACAACGCCCCUAUCCAUCGCCUGGUGCUGUCUUAAGGAAAAAUGCAGAAAUUGCCUCACAAAACAAGAAACCUAAACUUCACAUGUCAGCCAUUUCCAAGAGAGGUGAUGGAAGCGAUGGACUUGGGGAUGCUGACUGAAACGGUUCUUCAGUUCGGUUCUGUUUUGACAGAUUCUCAGUGAAGAAUAGACCACUUGUUGUAUGAAACAAAAAUUUGGUUACAUGGUAGAUAUAUGAGUGUGGCUUAUGAAACCAUUGGAAACAAAUUAAAGAAGCAAAUGUUAAUUGA